UCGCUGUGUUUGGUGAAUGUAAACAGUUCGAGUUCAGUGUGCUGUGGUGUAUACAAACAUUUUGUUGUAAUAAUAUGGACGAAAAGUCUGGAUUCCCUCCCGAAACCUAUUCAACAUCUUACAAUCUAAGAAACGAAAUAAAGCAGUACCUCAUCAAAAAAGGGCUGGCGUUUUUCCAUAAUGGAGUGUUGACUCCUACAAAUAAUCACAUUAAAAAGCGCGAAGUGGUGCGAGAGACGCACGGGGACCACAAAUGCUGCACCAAACACAAAUUUUUAUGCUGGCAGUCUGGCGACCACAAGCGGGCUGUGACACAGUCGUCGUGCACCAAGAAAGUGCGGAAAAGGGAUGAGGAACAUUCGCUGCUGAAAUUUCUGGCAUUGAACGCCCUGGAGCUGACAGCACCAGCCAGUGACGUGUUGCUGCGCCAAGGCGGGAACCAGACGACGACCGGAAGCAACAGCACGUGCGCCGGAAACCAGUGGUUCCAGUUGAGCGGGCAUCCAGAUGCGUUCGCGCCGGCGGGACCGGGGACUGUCUGGAAGAAGUGUAGCGGCGGCACUGAGAGAGCCGUGUAUGAAGCUUUGUCGAUGGAGCCGGCCCUGCAAGACGUGACCCCACGUUACCUCAGAGAGGUCCAAUACGGGGGUCAGACUUUCAUUGAACUGGAAGAUCUUCUACAUUCAUUCCGGGACCCGAAUGUGAUGGACAUCAAGAUGGGCAGGAGAACGUUUCUUGAAGAUGAAGUGCAAAACACCAAAGCCAGAGAAGAUCUUUACAAUAAGAUGGUUGCAGUUGAUCCUACAGCUCCAACAGAGGAAGAACAUGAACAGAAGGCCAUCACCAAGCUGAGGUACAUGCAGUUCAGAGAAGAACAGAGUUCCACUUGCAGCCAUGGCUUCCGGAUAGAGGCCAUGAAGUUCCGUGGCUCUCCUCCGGUAACAGAUCUGAAGUGUGUCAAGAGUGAUGCGCAAGUGUUAGACGCCAUCUCUCUCUUCCUCGGCAACCGAGAAGACGUCCGACAAAGACUUCUUGUGAGGCUCAAUGAGAUCAGGACGAAACUCGAGUCUUCCAAGUACUUCAAGCAACAUGAGGUGGUCGGAAGCAGUCUUCUGCUGAUGUACGACGACAGUAAAGUUGGAGCCUGGCUGAUCGACUUUGCCAAGACGCGGCCUGUUCCUACCAACAUGACUGUGAACCACCGCAGCGCAUGGUCGCCGGGCAACCACGAAGAAGGGUUCUUGUACGGACUGGAUCAGCUUAUCAGGGUGCUGGAGAAGGUGAGGACCGGCGGAGAACAGAGAUCACCUCCUCCGACCACCCCUGUCGCGCUUAAGUCCUGAUACUACACGGAAACUGCGACUUCAUCUAGUCUUCCCCAUCCCGACUGAAAGGUGCUCGUCAAGUGAAGGAUUCGAUGUUGGACUAGUCAGGGGUAUUUGGAAUUCAGGAGGAACUAUUCAGGAUUUAAAAGUGUUAUUAUUCAACGUUUUAGAAAAUUUUGUCUAAAGCGUAGUAAAUCUUGCUGUGUUAUUUAAAAACGUUUUUGCCUAAGUAAAGUUUGUUUUCUAUUGAUGUAUUGUAAAAGCCAGUAAAAUUGUAUGGUAUUUUAAGAAGUGAUUAAGGAAAGAUUUAAUUAUGGUAAUUUAAAUUCACAAUGUUUUUGCUUAAUUUUUACACAAAUUAUUAUGUACAGUUCAUAAAAACUUUUUGUCUAUCAAGGUUCUGAAAUAAGAUAAUCACCUCUUAAAGUACCUGAUGUAAAAGAUUAUUUAAUUAAACAUUCCUUAUUUGCAAAUAAGGUUUAAAAUAUUUUGUCAAUAGAAGUUUAACCAAGUAUUGAGUCUAAAUGGAUUUAAAGACCAAGAGUCAAAAUUUAAGUGUCAUUAAAUGAAAAAUAGUAACAGAAAUAGUUUGUGAUGGAAGGCUUUUAGAUUCCAAAGACCAGGGUCUCUCCAAGAUCUUGAUUCGAUCUCAUGAACAAUAUUUCACAAGGCUAUAUAUAAAACAUUCCAUAUUUUUGAGGACGAAUGAUUUUUUUUACUGAACAAUCAAAUGCCUUUAGUUUGAUAUAUGAGUCUUGCCAAAUUUGUCUUAGCCAAUCCUGUAUUCAUGGUAUUACUAUUGCUUUAUUUUGGCUGAGUUGAGGAUUAUUUAUUUGUUAAUUUUCUAAGUUUGAUGCUUUAUUUGUUGAAAGUCUCGUUUAAGAUUGUCUUUCAUGGAUUUUACAAAUGCUCGAAGUCAAGCUAGGUUUGAAAGCUGAAUUUUGUUUCUUGCCUUGGAUUUGACUUGAUAGUCUUAGUUAGAAAAGUUGUUGAUUUAUUUAUUUAUUUAUUUAAUACGUUUUAAUACAUUGUACAGUACAUGAAAAGCAAAUUAAUUCUUAUUCACAAAGCAUAUUGUACAAAGCCUAAUACCGGUUAUGUAAAUUGCCUGAAUUGUUUGAAAUUGUUUUAGAAAUGAAGUAAUUUAACUAAUAAUUUAUACCAAUUUUGGGUCGAAUGUCUGGCUUUUGUUUGCCGAUUUAACAGUAUUAAUGUCGGAUGGAUGGUUUUGUUAGUAACUAUUAUAUCAAUUAUUUAUUGUUGUAGAGUAGAAAUUUCUGUUGUGUUUUUAUACUGUACCACUGAAAACUUGUUAGGAUCUGUAGAUAAAUUGUACUUACGUUGUACUUAAAUUUGUUCUUUUCUAGCCUCUUACAGUUUUUUAUGUAUUAUAGCGUCAAAUAAACGUUAAAUAAGUGAAAA